CGUGUGCCCGUGUGCCCCAGGGGCUCCGGCGGGAGCUCUCCCGAGCCAGCAGGUGCGCGGCGCAGGGAGCCGCCGGCAUGGCCGGUCCCGGCACAAAGGCGUCGUGGCUCUCGCAGCCCAGCGUGAAGAGCGUGCUGGUCUAUCGCAACGGGGACCCGUUCUUCCCGGGGCGCCGCAUUGUCAUCCACGAGAAGAAAGUGUCCAACUUUGAUGUGUUCCUGAAAGAGGUGACGGGCGGCGUGCAGGCGCCCUUUGGAGCUGUGCGAAACAUCUACACCCCGCGGGGUGGGCAUCGCGUCCGACAGCUGGACGAGCUCCAGAGUGGGGAGCAGUACGUGGCUGGUGGCAGGGAGGCCUUCAAGAAACUCAACUACUUGGAUAUUGGAGAAACAAAGAAAAAACCUGCUGAAGUCAAUAAUGAGGUCAAGCCAGUUACUCACAGCAGGAUCACUGUGUCAGCACGGUUUCGAAAGCCUCUCCAGGAGCCCUACACUAUUUUCCUGAUUGCUAAUGGAGACCUUAUUAACCCUGCAGUGCGCCUCCUCAUUCCCAGGAAAACACUGAAUCACUGGGAUCAUAUUCUUGAAAUGGUUACAGGAAAAGUUACCCUCAGAAGUGGAGCUGUUCACAGACUCUACACUGUAGAUGGAAAGCUUGUUCAGAAUGGGUCAGACUUGGAGAAUGGGCAUAUUUAUAUUGCAGUGGGUAGAGAAAAGUUUAAGAAAUUACCAUAUGGUGAUCUGCUGUCCAAAUCUACAACGAGAAGGUCACAGGGUUCCAAAACCUCUGUACUACCUCCAAUUGUGGGAUCUCGAAAGUCUAAAGGCAGCGGAAAUGAUUGGCAAUCUAAAUCCACCAGUGACCGGGGAGAAAAGAGUUCCUCACCUCAGCUGACCAAAAGGAAAGACAAAAAAAGCCAGAAUCCAGAGAAUUCUGUGUCCAGACAACAUUUUUCUAACCCCUCUACAAAAGUAAAACAGACAGUAAAAGCUUCCACAGGGGUCCUUCAGGAUAAUGGUGAAGAUAUUUACAAAGCCAGAGAAGAGGGGUCUGAAAUGUGGGGGGCAGUUGAAGUGCAAGAAGAUGAAGAUACUCUUGUGGAAGUUCCAUUGGACCAGAGACCAGCAGAAACUGUAGAUGAAGAAGAAAAUGUAGAAGAGGAAAAUGACAGGGGAGAGGAGGCAUAUGCAAGAGAAUAUCCAGAAGUGACUGGAGAGGAAAGUGGGGAAACUAUUAAAGAAAGAAUUGAAGUGGAAAAAAAUGAAAAUAAGUUAAAUGAAAAUUAUGAAGAUGAAGCAGGAGAAACACAGAAUGUUGGCCAAUCAGAGGAAAAGGAGCCUAUCUAUUUAAAUGGCAAAAAACAUGAAGGAAAUGGUGAGGGAAUGGAGCAUUUGAACUACCAAAAUGAUCUUCAGCCUGAAGAAGAUAGAAAAGAGGAUUCUGGCAGUCAGAACCCGGUUGAUCCCGGUCUUGAAAAAACAUCCACAAGUCCAAGGGUGACAGUCACCAGCCCACAAGAAAGUGAAAAGAAUGACCAGAGCAAUGACUAUGCAGCAGUUGCAUAAAGAAGAAAAUGUAAUGGGCACAAAAUGAAAAAAGAAAACACUUUAAAUAAAGUGUUAUCUUUUUGUGAUUGGUAAGGAAGGUUGAGUACCCACGUAAUGAGUCGUGAGAUGAUGAUGCUCUAUGGACUGAUGAAAAAACAAGCUUUUUUAUCUACUAGAAGAACAUAGAAUUAUAUUUACAGGGUGAGAUUUUAUGAUAGGAUUUGAGGGGGGAAAUACAAGAAUACUUCAUAGUAGUAUUAGAAGUAAAUGAAAUGUUCUGUGGUAUCAGAUAGUUAGCAGCAACAGAACAACUACGAAAACUAUACUGUUCCAGGGAAAGGAAAAGAGACCCACCCAGAUUCAAUGUCAAAACUUCUUUGUCGAUUUGUUAAUGAAAAGAAACUAUUUUUAACCUUUUAACUAGGAUAUGUGUAGUUUUUCCUCUAAAAUUCCCCACAAUAGGCAUAAUUUCCAGGUAUAACAUUAAAAUAUAACUAGAAUAUGUUCCUCACCUAGUGGAUUUAUGCUUACAGAAAAUGGUUUAGUAUAAUGAGGGAGCAGUUCAACUUUACUAAAUAGUCUAUUUUCAGUAUAUUAAUUAGAAUUAUUAGGUUUUGCAUGCAUAUAUAGCACUUAUUUAGCACUAUGAAUACAUGUGGAUAGCUUGCAAUACUGCAGCUUGUUUCCAUUUAAAACUGAAAAAUUUGUUGAUUGUCCUGCACUGAUGCACUAAAUAGUGAAUUACUGUCAUCCUGAACAAAAAACAAAGGAAGAGUACAUAGUAGAUUAGUUUAAAAUUUUGAAUUUGAAUGGAUUUGUAAUUCAGUCUAAGAGAUGCUUGAUUUAUUAAUGAAAUUAAAAAAAGCCCACAUGCCUGGAUUCAGACUGAUAUUUCCACGAAACCAUUGCUGUUGAUGGAGAUAUUUUAAUAUGUGAGACUUCAGUAUGAGCCCACCAAGCUUUCUGUAAAAGUCAGGAAUAAUUAUUGCAUUUAUGAACCCUUUGCGUGGCCUUAAUGGUUGGAAGUGUGUCAUCAUCCUCUUGAGCAAGCUGUCUCCUGAUAGGCUGUGGCUUAAUAUGCAUUAGUAAAUAAGGCAUUGAUCCACAGUAUUAGUUCUCUUAAUGACAUUGAUUCCAUUGCUCAUAUCAUCUCUCUGUUAGUAAUGGAAAUAAUUUGUAGUUCAUAGAAAUACAGCCCUGAGCAUAAUUUUAUUAAUUAUACAAAAGAAAUAGUGGGUUUCCUUAUUGUUAAUGCUAGUAAAUUAUUACUACAAAAAACUUAAUGUCAUUUUUGUUGAUUUCAAGCCAUUAAGACAAGAAUUACAUUUAUGAACAAAUUGAACUUGAAGCACUGUUUAAAGGAAUGUGGAGAACCACUUGUCAUAACUGAAACUCAAACAAACAUCUUCCCUUUU